AUGGACGAUGGUAGUGCUUGUGGUUGUGAGGAUGAUGAACUUGACUGCAAACGUUGUGUGACUGCAAUAGGAAAAAGGAUGAGAGGUGGAUGUGGCAGUGGUGGAAGUUGGAGGGAGAGGAGGACGAGGGAGUCGAAUCUAGAGUCGCUUGCGUCACUGGAUUUGCUUCAAGAUCUGGAAGCAGAGGAGCGUGACAACAUAGCCGGCAAUCUCUUCGCACGCUCCAUAACUGUCUAUCUGUGA